AUGCCCUCAAGUCUCACUUUAGCAAUUAUGACCCUAGUUUCGAGCGAUCCCAGCUGGUGGCCACUUAUCAAUGCAGAACUUAUUUCCAGCUAUUUUGUAGUUGUCGCUUGUGCUAUGGCAAUAUACGAUUGGGGACUCACGUUCGGACAAGAGGUGGAACUGGUCUGGGCACGGUAUGGUGGAAUAGGAUUUGUUGUGAUCAACAUUUUAUUCGAUGUUCCAACAAUUCCAACAACAGAUGCAGGCUGCCGUAUCAUGUUCAACGCAAUUAAUUGGACAAGUGAUGUUGUAGAUAUAAUACUGGGUGCCAUCAUGAUCACUCGGUUGUAUGCUAUGUAUCAGCGAUCCAGAAAGAUGCUGGUAUUUCUUGUUGUCGUCUUUCUGGCUAUUAGAAUCGCCAUUGUAGUGGUGAUCGUAUUACAAAUAAGGCAGGUUACAGGGGAGGAAUUCAUUCUCUCCGGCACCUAUCAGUGCAUAUUUGACUAUUCGGGAUAUCUCCAAUUUCUGGCUUCCGUGACUUGGAUACUCGGCGCUGUAUGGGAAGUUCUUGCGCUGUGUCUCGCAGUCUGGAUUGCUGUAAAGCACUUCCGUGAACUGCGAAUACACUCAACAAGGAGUAUUGUUACAGACUGUUUUACGGUUUUAAUACAAACUCACGCAAGUUACUUUGCGAGCUUUCUUGCUAUAGCUUGCUUUCAUAUCGGUUCAUUUUCUUUGGCGAUCUUAGCGGUAUGCCCAUCUGUCACCAACCUCUAUGACGUGUAUUCCUUGGACGCUCAGAUAUAUGCUGGUUUGGCUCAAAUCUUCCAAGUGGUGCAGCUGUCUGUGCUUGGACCACGCCUCAUCCUUGGUGUUCGAGAAUAUCACGCUAAACUCGUGGCCGACUCCGAUGCAACAACCGCUAUGACUUCAAUUGCUUUCCAGGAGCGCGUUCAUGUAGAAACCAGUAGUACCGUGUAG